GAUAGCCCUACCAAACACUUUUUCGUGGGGCGUUUGCAGCGGGAGCUCGCGUCAAGUCUCAGAUGGGGUCUCGUCACACUUCCCGGAUGGCCCCGUCGGGCCAGCCCGAGCCUCCCGAGCCCGAGCCUCGCGCCUCCCGGGGAGAGAGAGGGCUGGACGGGGAGGCGCCCUGAGCCGAGGGGGCCGGCUGGCUUCUCGUGGCACGCCUCGGGCCCCGCACCCGCGAGCCUCCGCCGAUGGUCAACCAGCUGCAGUGGCAUGAGCCGUCGGAGGUCAGCGCGGAUCUGAAAUCGCGCAGGCCUCCGAAAGUUUAUGUUUGCUUCUAUCGUUUCCUUGCUCUCGUCAAGGACUUCAGUAUAAGGUCCGCCGUGGUCCAGCCAAACAGUGCCUGGCUGUGCUGCGGCAUGGCUACUGCUCCCACGAGUGGUGUGAUUGUUGUUGUACAGAUUCCGAUUCGCAAUUUGAAAGGGGUUUUCAACAUUUGAUUUCAACAGCUGUGUAUAAUUCGCUUGUGCCUCCAAGACAUUUCAUAUGUCGGUGGUGGCUCCCCGGCGCGCCAGCAAGAAGUUUGAAAAGGUUUUGAUCUGCGGGCACAUGGAGGUCCAAAUGUGAUCAGUUCCAUUACGACCCUGGUGAGUUGCCCACUGAACAGUAGCUUCAGCUGAUUGCGACGCUCGUGCAUCUGUUGCGUCCGUGUACCUUUUGGAUCCGCGGCACUUCUGUGCUUUGCGCCACGGUGCGCUUGUGAAGGCUGGCCAUAAUAUUUCCACGUCAUUGCGCUGCUCUACAGGCAGCUGCGGCUUGAACCAUCUGCAGGCGCGAAUACUGACGAUUAUGGAGUCAUUUGACUUUCUGGCCGAGCCCAGGGCUUCAGCUCUUCUUGGGCGUUCCUGAGUGCAGACGCUGGUGCGUGCCUUCGUCAUCAUGUCGCAGUGGAGCUGUGAUCUUGGAGGACGCAAGGUGGCGGGCAGGCCAGCCAUGCACGGUCGAACCGUGCUUAUUUUUAACCUCGCGGACUGGUGCACAGAUUUGGGGCACAGUGCGCCUUCCAGUCUCAGCGACAGCGUCUCGAAGCCCAUGGAGUGGGCUUCGAGACUGCCGCGUGAAUUUUCUUGCAGCUUCCCCUUUCCCUCCUCCUCCGCUCGGUGCGUCGACGCGGAAUGUGCACAGAGCGGCGGCACCGUCCAGGACCGAAGCCGAAAUCGCCGACCCUUGCAGCUGUGGGCCCUCGCAGGGGGGCCCUCAGGCGCCGCCCGGCACGGCAUCGCAGAAGGACGCGGGCCGCAGGACUCACGCAGCGCGGCUCCGUGACCGGCCGCACCGGCUAUCCGUGCCACGUCGCGAGAGGUCUAAGCACCUUCCAUCGCGGCGCCUUGCCUGGUCAUUACCUCUUUUUCGACGCCGACCUCCUGGCCACAACCGUAGAGUGAUGAGGUCAGCACCUCACGCCGUCCCUCCCCGCACCUUGACCUCGGCGUCCUGCCCGCUCGCUGUGAAAAA